GCUCAGUUUAAGUCCGAAGCGGAUCGUUUUGCCUGAGGCAAACGCGUUGAAUAGAUCAGUGCAUAAGAAAACUGCAAAGUGUGUUCAAUAUACGAAACAUAAAAGUAAAAAUUGCUCGAGUUCUGCUUCAUUUUGGAUUAAGGAAAUUUCAAAAAAAUUAUGAAGUUUGUUCUUCUGGCUGGGACGGUGUUUGUCCUGCUCGUCUUGUUUAAUGUAAUUGGGAAUACUGUGAAUGCCAAUCGGACAUUUGUUGUGGACUAUGAGAAUGAUAUAUUCCUGAAGGAUGGACAACCGUUUCAAUUUGUAGCUGGAUCUUUUCAUUACUUCCGCGCCCAUCCGGCCACAUGGAAGAGACAUUUGCGGACUAUGCGGGCUGCAGGAUUAAAUGCAGUUACCACUUAUGUGGAAUGGUCUCUUCACAAUCCACAUGACGGUGUCUACACAUGGAAUGGCAUAGCCGACUUGGAGCACUUUAUCCGCUUGGCAGUUGAUGAGGAUUUGUUGGUGAUUCUACGGCCGGGUCCAUAUAUAUGCGCGGAACGUGAUAUGGGCGGUUUUCCCUAUUGGCUGCUUAAUAAAUAUCCUGGCAUCCAAUUGAGGACUGCAGAUAUAAAUUAUCUAAGCGAAGUCCGCAUUUGGUAUGGGCAAUUGAUGUCUCGCAUUGUUCCCUAUCUAUAUGGUAAUGGUGGUCCCAUCAUAAUGGUCCAGGUGGAGAAUGAAUAUGGCUCGUAUUUCGCCUGUGAUCUCAACUAUCGAAAUUGGUUGCGUGAUGAGACCGAAAGUCAUGUGAAAAACCAAGCCGUUCUCUUUACCAACGAUGGACCUGAUGUUCUCCGUUGUGGCAAGAUUCAAGGUGUCUUGGCCACAAUGGACUUCGGUUCUACCAAUAAUUUAAAGGCCAUUUGGGCCAAGCUACGACGCUUUGAACCCAAAGGACCGUUGGUUAAUGCAGAAUACUAUCCUGGUUGGUUGACCCACUGGACAGAGGCAAUGGCUAAUGUCAGUAUAUCAUCGAUUACGGGUACCUUCAGAGACAUGUUGGAAAGCGGAGCCAGUGUGAAUUUCUAUAUGUUCUAUGGUGGUACCAAUUUCGGUUUCACAGCCGGUGCCAAUGAUAAUGGACCGGGCAAUUAUCUGGCAGAUAUUACCAGCUAUGACUAUGAUGCUCCCAUGACUGAAGCCGGUGAUCCCACACCCAAAUAUCAUGCUCUGCGACGCAUUAUUGCACGUUAUUUACCUAUGCCCAAUUUGCCGGUGCCAGGUCCAGUUCCCAAGCGGGCAUACGGAUCUGUUCGACUCCUGCAAAGUUCGUCUCUACUGUCACAGGAAGCUCGUCAAGAACUGGCCACUGGCAUGGUUCAGUCAACCAAACCCAAAACAUUUGAGGCCUUAGAUCAAUAUUCAGGUUUGGUGCUAUAUGAGACCUGGCUGCCCAGUUUCAAGCGUGAUCCCAGCAUUCUAAAUGCACCUGGACUUGCCGAUCGCGGCUAUGUCUAUGUGGAUGACGAGUUUGUUGGCCUAUUGGCCCGAGAGACGCCAAUAUUCCAAUUGCCUAUCAGUGCCAGUGCGGGACGUCGACUACAGAUUCUAGUGGAGAAUCAAGGACGCAUCAAUUAUGGACUCAAAAUCAACGAUUUCAAGGGUCUGACCAAAGAUGCUUAUCUCGAUAAGCGUGUGCUCAACAAUUGGAAUAUGACCAAAUAUCCUUUGGAAUCUUAUGACAACUUGAACAAGCUAAUCACCGAAUCAAAUUCAGUCCUUAUCCACGAGUUGAGAAAGCCACAGCGAAUGCUUCGCUCUGGUCCAGCUAUUUAUCAUGGUACGCUGGUCAUAGAUAAGGACGAUCAAUUGGCGGACACCUAUGUCGACAUGUCAGGAUGGGGCAAGGGUAUUCUCUUUAUUAAUGGCGAGAAUUUGGGACGCUAUUGGCCAUUGGUGGGACCUCAAGUCACACUCUAUGUCCCCGCUCCAGUGCUCCAGGUGGGCGUUAAUCAGUUAGUUUUAAUCGAACUGCAACAGGCUCCCACAUCUCUGGAACUUCGUUUCCGUGAUACACCCAUCCUCAAUGCAAGAUCUUCUUAGGAUUUAAGUUAAUGUUAGUGUAAGUCUCGUGUAAAUCUGUAUGCGGUUUAAGUUCUUUGUGUGUUAGACAUUAAAGCAAAACAUCAUUUUUAUACCAUACACCCAUAGGGUGAAAUGGUAUAUUAAAGU